AAUGGCCACACUACGCUUGUUCUGCGUUGUCCUCUGUAGCGUCAGAGCUAGUGCAACCAUCCUUGCCCUGCCAAAUACUGAGCCACCGCUGAUCCAUGACCACCCCUUUGUGGUCAUAUGGAACGCCCCUACUGAGCAAUGUCAACAGCUAGAAAUCCCACUGGACACAGCAGCCUUCCAAGGAGUGACCACACCUGCUGCCAAGCCUGGUCAGUUCCUCACAAUCUUCUAUGAGGACCACCUUGGCCUCUACCCUAAAGUCAACACCAUAAAGCACAAACUCUACAGAGGAGGAGUCCCCCAAAAUGGCAACCUGACAGAGCAUCUCGCCAAGGUGCAAAGUCAAAUAGACCGCUACAUCUACCAAGAUUCUUCUCCUGGGCUGGUUGUCAUCGACUGGGAAUCCUGGCGCCCCCUGUGGGACCAGAACUGGGGAUCCAAACGUAUUUAUCAGAAACUGUCCAUCUCUCACGCACUGCAGGUGGCCCCAUUUUUAUCAUCAAAGCAAAUUUCCAAACUGGCUAAGAACCAGUUCCAGCAAGCUGGCCGGCGCUUCAUGGAGAAGACCAUCAGCCUUGGCACUGAUGAACGUCCGAGCCACCGCUGGGGCUUCUACCUGUUCCCUGAUUGCUACAACUAUGACUGGAAGAAGCCUGACUAUAAAGGAGAGUGUUCCACAAAGGCCCAGAAGCAGAACAAUCAGAUGAUGUGGCUGUGGAAGCACAGCACUGCCCUCUUCCCCUCAAUCUACCUCCACCUCACUCUGAGGAAUUCCCCCAAGGCUGCUCUUUAUGUCCGCAACCGUGUUCAGGAGGCUAUGAGGGUGGCGGCGCUGCCUAAACGUCCAUAUACAGUACCAAUCUAUGUUUACUCCAGGCCGUUGUACAGACAUCAGACCAAGGAGUUCCUGAGUUUGAGAGACCUGGUGAGCACUGUGGGAGAGUCAGCAGCUUUAGGAGCUUCCGGGGUCAUAAUGUGGGGAGGAACCCAAGACUACAACAAUAAGGCUGCCUGUCAGUCUCUGUCUGAAUACCUGACAUUGACCUUCAACCCUUACAUCGUUAAUGUGACAGCAGCAGCCAUGCUCUGCAGUGAGGUCCUGUGUCAAGGGAAAGGCCGCUGUGUCAGAAAAAACUACAACUCCACCCACUACCUGCACCUGAAUCCCACCUACUUCAAAAUCCUACACACUGAGAGGAAGUAUGUGGCCAUUGGUUUACCCUCCACCACCGACCUUGAAACUUGGGCUGAAAACUUUACUUGUCAAUGCUACGCAGGAUCGAGCUGUUCACCACAACUGUUAAAGCCAAAUGGAAUUAAAAUGAUUUGGGUUUAAACUGUAAGGAGAAUGUUUUCCCCUGCUGACCCACAGAUUUGAUCAUGUUAUUAUUUACACAAUUAAAAUUGACCAGAAAACUUGUGGGGGAAAAAAUCUACAUUUUGCAAGUUAUGUCCUAAAUGUGACAUUAGUCUUUCUAAAGUGAUACAAAGUUAAAAGAAACAAAAGGUGCUAGAUAUUAAUAUUUCUUGCACUGAAUUAAACACAGCAAUGUCAAGACAGA